AAAUAGCUUCAUUCAGAUACCGGGUCCAAGUACUCACAGUUUCAUAGGGCGAGGCGGGAAAGAGAUGAAGCACAACGACAGCAACAGGUACCUUCCUAAAUCUUCAGUUUGUGAUGACUUGCCUCAUGCUUGCAACCACCGGUUGGUGUUGAAGGAGAUUUCCAAGGAGCAAUCUCUGGUGAUGCAGCUGCGAGCCAUAGUGUUGCCGGCUCUGGAAAUGAACCAAAACUCUGAGCUUGUAUCCCAGAUGUUUCAGAGCAUUCUGGAUUGCUCUAGCAUGGUGAUUGCUGAACUGCUGCAUUGUCAAUCUGAUGCCCCAGCUGUUGAUAUGCUGGUGGAUGACAAGGAGACCGUACAAAGGAUUUCUAAUGAUGUCAUCGAGGACAGCGCAAGGCCACAACACCAUCAUCAGAACAAGAGAAGAAGAGUUGCUGAAUCUAUGUCAUUUGACACACCCGUUCCGCACUAUGAUGGCCACCAAUGGAGGAAAUAUGGGCAGAAGCAGAUCAAUGGUGCAAAAUACCCAAGGAGCUACUACAGAUGCACUUACGGGAAAGAACAAGGCUGCAAAGCAACAAAGACAGUGCAGCAGUAUGAUCCCGUCACAAAUACUGCCAGCGAUCAUUCCAUCAUGUACAAAGCCAUCUACUACGGCCGGCAUACCUGUAACUUCAAUGGCAACGAUAGUGGUAUUUCAAUCCCAAAGGACAAUGGUGAAACAAACACCCACAGAAACCAUGAUCUUGUGCAUUACAACAACAAUCAGUGCAGCAUUGUCUCAGUAACCUGUUCGCAUCCUGAUGACCACCAAACAUUCUUAGAUGGUAAUGUAGUUCAUGACACUUAUGGAGACAUUAUUCCCAGAAAUAUAAACAUGGAUUGGCAACUUGACACAAUUGAGUCGGUGCAGUUGGAUUUUGAUAAUUGGGACUGGCGUUGAUUUGUAGGAUUCGCAGUCAUAUAUAAUAUGAUAUAUGAACAAUUUUAAUUGCUGCA